AUGUCCCGGCAACGACGACGCGACAGUUCCAGUUCGAUAUUGACAGUCUGUGGUGUUCAGAUGAAAGACAUUCCGGGUGAAAAAACCGCUGAAGAGGAACUUUUUAAGAACUGUCUAGAGAACAAGAAUGGAAACAACAUUAGCGGCUAUGGUAAAGUGGCAGUGGUUAGUUAUGGAAAAUACCUAAUGUUAGCACAGGCCAAAGGAAGUGCGGAAACUUAUGCCAUGAAAUACAUUCUAAGUUUUUCUUAA